UAUUCGGAUUUUUCGCAUAAGUUCGUAGGCUUUUAGAAUUUACUUCCUUGCAGGAUUCUGUGAUGUCUGAAGGAAGUUUUUGACAUGGCUAAUCUGAAACAGAGGCACAUGGAAGCUUUAAAAACUGGUAUGGAAUCCCUGCGGGAUGAUGCUGCCCUGACUGACGUUGAGAUAAUUGUCAACAAUCGUAUAUUCAGAUGUCACAAGUCUAUUCUUGUUGCUAUCUCACCAUACUUUCGUGCUAUGUUCACUACAGGCAUGAAGGAAUCCAACCAAAAGAGGAUCACAUUGCAGGAUAUAGAGGAAAUUCCAUUUGAGAAGUUCCGGGACUUUGUUUACACAGGGAAUAUUGAGCUAAUGGAGGAUGAUGUCAUUGAAAUGUUACGUCUUGCUGCCCUUUUUCAGGUUGAUUGUUUGCAAGAUCACUGUGAGGAAGUCUUGCUGGAACAGCUAAAGGGAGAUAAUUGUCUGGAAAUGUACAGGCUUGCCUGCAUGUACAACUGUAAGAAAUUAAAGAAGAAGGCCUGGCCAGCUAUUUUAGAUGGUUUUUGUACAGUUUGGAAGAGCGAGGAGUUCACCAGUCUAACUGCAGAGGAAGUAAUUGCAAUCAUACGUGAAGACAAGUUAGUCACGCUUGAUGAAGAACAUGUCUGUGAAGCUGCCUUAAAAUGGAUAAAUACUGAUUUUCCAAAGAGAAAGAAGUAUAUCUAUGACCUAUUCAAACAUGUACGAUUGCCGCAUGUAACACCAGAAUAUUUAGUGAAAAACUUAAGUAAAAUGCCGUGUUUGAUGGAGAAUCCAGACUGCCGGAAGCUUUUAGAGAAUGCGCAACACUAUCAUAUGUUACCAUCACGAAGGUUAGACUAUAGUGGUGAAAGACUGCGUUAUAGAAUAGAUGAUGACCUGGAUGAAGUUUUACUGGUGAUAACAGAGAACAGUGACAAGAGAGGGAUGUACUAUGAGGGCGCUUGGUGUCUAUGGGCGUACAGCUAUAAUCAACAUAGAUGGUUUACAUUAGCCCCAAUCCAGCGGGCAGAUUCUCCAGGAUUAAACUUUGCCUUCUGUUCCCAUAGUUACAACAUCUUUGUGUCAGGAGGAUCAAAUAACCCCAAAAAUCUUUUGAAAUUUGAGAGUGAAAGAAAUGAAUGGAUAACAAGCUCAGGUCAGUUGAAGAAAGGACGGUCACAUCAUUGCAUGGUUUCUGUUGGUAACGCCUUAUACUGUCUAGGAGGUAACAAUGUCAGACUUCCAAAGUCUAGUCAGGUUAUGGGAUCAAUAGAGGAGUUUUACAUUCCGGGACAAAGAUGGAGGACUGUUGGGGAACUUUCUAACCCAGUCUGCUCAGCAGCUGCGGCCGUUUGUGGGGAACAAAUUCUAGUUUUUGGAGGGACUAAUAUAGAUGGGAAACAAGUGAGCUUUGUGCAAUGUUUCCAUUCACGCACAAAAGAAUCAACAGUGAUCUCAAACUUGCCUUACAUUGCAAAACGACUGUUGUCUGUAACAAUAGGAGAAGAAAUUUACAUUAUGUCUGUUAGUGAAGAUGGGCACAGCAUUCUAAAAUUAACAUCCGAUCUUGGUUUUACGGAUGCAGGUUUUGAAAUUCCAACAGACCAAAAUUUGUUAGGCACAUCACAUCAUGAUGAAUGUAUGAUUGUUUUGACAGAAAAUCCAAAAGCGAAUGGAAACCCUAGAAAUAUUGUUCAGGUGGAUCUAGAGACCUCCCAGACAAAGGUAUUUCCAGUUAAAGGAAAUGGAUGUCCAAAGCCAGUACAUGGUUGUCAUAGAAGUUACAUAGAUAAACGAUUUCUUUAUCAUACGUAUUUUCAGUAGAUCUGAAAAAUAAUGUUAAGGGUUGGGAUCAGUGUGAAUUAAAGCUUCAAAAGCAGAAUUCGAUAAAUUUUUUUUGUUAAAAAUUUCAAUGAUAACUUACCAAUAACAUUGCAUGAAACUCAAAGUCAUUAUGUGGUAAAAGUUUUUCACAACACAAAUUUUUAUCCUUCUGCUGUCUGUUUCAUACAUUAAUAAAACAAGAUCUCAUUCAGUUCCCACAUGAUGUUGGCGAGAUUUGCUCUAUAUGCCCUUCAAGUUGCUGAUCUAUUUAUUAUACCCCCACCAAACAUGUUAGAGGUGGGGUGGGGGCUGCUAUAUAGGAAUCAGUUUGUCACGUCUCGUCGCAUCCUGUCCUGAAAACAUAUGCCUGAGAGGAUUUUAAUUUAACUUCACAUUAUUAUUCCUUAAGACCAGAUGAUGUGUUGAACACAUCACCUAUGCCUGAUGGACAAAGGUCAAGGAUACAAUUCAAGGUCAAAGGUUAGAUAUUUGGUUUUUGCUCCAUAACUUCUAUGUGCCUGGAAGGGUUUUAUUACUAAAUGGAUUUGAUUCAAAAUUAAAAUCUUUGUUCAACAUCAUCACCCAUAUUAUAUGACACAAGGGCCAUAACUCUUGCACCAAUAUUUCAUAAAUUAUGCCCCCUUUUUACUUAGAAUUUCAGGUUUAAGUUUUGAUACACUUUCACUCUGUGUCAGUUAUUACAUUAUGGAUUUGAUUCAGACUUGAAAUAGAUGUUCAACCUUAUCACCCACAUCAUGUGGCUCAAGGCGCAUAACUCUGACACCAAUUUUUCCAGAAUUAUGUCCCCUUUUACUUAGAAUUUAAGGUUAAAUUUGAUGCAUUUUCACUAUAUCUCAGUUAUUAUGAAAUGCAUUUGAUUCAAACUUGAAAUAGUUGUUCCACAUCAUCAUCCACAUCAUAUGACACAAGGUGCAUAACUCUUGCACCGAUAUUUCCUGAAUUAUGCCCCCUUUUUUUGCUUAGAAUUAUACUUAUAAAAAGUAAAAAUAGUACUUUAUCUGUACUUCUCUUAUUAUUUGAUAUUUUUAAACACAGACUCAAGCUAUUGUGCAAUAUUCAUCCAUCAUUGGAGUCAUUUAACACUCCAUUGACAGUUCUUGACAGACGUAAAUGUUUUUGGUAUACAGGUGUAACAUCAUAAAAAACAAUUUUGAUACAUUUUCACUUUUUCUCAGUUAUUAUGAAAUGCAUUUGAUUCAACCUUAAAGUAGUUGUUCCACGUCAUCACCAACAUGAUAUGACACAAGGCGCAUAACUCUUGCACCAAUAUUUCUUGAAUUAUGCCCCCUUUUUGCUUAGAACUAUACUUAUAUAGUGUUUUGAUACACUUUAUCUGUAUCUCUCUUAUUAUUUGAUAUUCUUUAACACAGACUCAAGCUAUUGUGCAAUAUUCAUCCACAUUGGAGUCAUUAAACAUUGUAGUACAGUUCUUGACAGUUUUAAAUGUUUUGUAUACACAGGUGUAACAUCAUAAGAUACAGGCAAAGUUCGAUUUAAAUGCACCUUCUUGUGGCCAUGUCUUUCUGGUUGCCAUUCUUUUGUGACAAGACCUAUUUUGGGGGCAUUCGUCACCCCUGUGACAGUUCUAGUUUUUAUAGGUUUUUGUUUAAAUAUAGUUUAAGUCAAAACAAAAUACCCUGUAUAAGUUGCUAAAAGCAAUUUAAGUAAAUAGUUUUAGUUUACUAGCUUACCUGAACUUUGUUGAUGGUGUGCUUUCAGUAUAAUAAGGUGGAUGGUCCAGUGCCUAUUGUCUGUUCUUAACACUUUAACUUUUAUAUCUUUUGGAAAUUACUGGGUAGAAUCAUGCUAAAGUUGGUCUUUUGCAUCCUUGGUUUAAGGGCCUUCACUGGGCCUCAGAAAGUUGUAGCCACUUUUUAAAGAAACUGCCAAAUUGAAGCUGAGUUGCUGAAAUUUUGUCACAUAUUGAACUUGUAGCAUUUGGCUACAUUAGCGAAUGGCAGAGGAGGCUUUGGGUUUAUAACCUCGGACACAAUUAACUUUUAUCCCUUGUUUUUUCAUUUUUUCUUAUGUUAAUGCAGAUGAUGUACAUGUGUUAUUAGCUCACCUGAGCAAUGCUCAGGUGAGUUUUUCUGAUCGCUCGAUGUCCGGCGUCCGUCGUCUGUCGUCUGUCAACAUUUAGCUUGUGUAUGCGAUAGAGGCUGUAUUUUUCAAUUAAUCUUCAUGAAUAUUGGUCAGAAUGAUAACCUUGAUGAAAUCUAGGCCGAGUUCGAAAAUGGGUCAUCUCGGGUCAAAAACUAGGUCACUAGGUCAAAUCAAAGAAAAACCUUGUGUAUGCGAUAGAGGCUGUAUUUUUCAAUUAAUCUUCAUGAAUAUUGGUCAGAAUGAUAACCUUGAUGAAAUCUAGGCCGAGUUCGAAAAUGGACCAUCUCGGGUCAAAAACUAGGUCACUAGGUUAAAUCAAAGAAAAACCUUGUGUAUGCGAUAGAGGCUGUAUUUUUCAAUUAAUCUUCAUGAAUAUUGGUCAGAAUGAUAACCUUGAUGAAAUCUAGGCCGAGUUCGAAAAUGGGUAAUCUCGGGUCAAAAACUAGGUCACUAGGUCAAAUCAAAGAAAAACCUUGUGUAUGCGAUAGAGGCUGUAUCUUUCAAUUGAUCUUCAUGAAUAUUGGUCAGAAUGAUAACCUUGAUGAAAUCUAGGCCGAGUUCGAAAAUGGGUCAUCUCGGGUUAAAAACUAGGUCACUAGGUCAAAUCAAAGAAAAACCUUGUGUAUGCGAUAGAGGCUGUAUUUUUCAAUUGAUCUUCAUGAAUAUUGGUCAGAAUGAUUGCCUUGAUGAAAUCUAAGCCGAGUUCGAAAAUGGGUCAUCUCGGAUCAAAAACUAGGUCACUAGGUCAAAUCAAAGAAAAACCUUGUGUAUGCAAUAGAGGCGGUAUUUUUCAAUUGAUCUUCAUGAAUUUUGGUCAGAAUGAUAACCUUGAUGAAAUCUGGGCCGAGUUCGAAAAUGGGUCAUCUGGGGUCAAAAACUAGGUCACUAGGUCAAAUCGAAGAAAAACAUUGUGUAUGCAAUAGAGGAUGUAGUUUUCAAUUGAUCUUCAUGAAAUUUGGUCAGAGUGAUUGCCUUGAUGAAAUCUAGGUUGACUUUGAGUAUGGGUUAUCUGAGGUAAAAAACUAGGUCACUAGGUCAAAUUAAAGAAAAAUCUUGUGUAUGCGAUAGAGACUGCUUUUUUCAAUUGAUUUUUAUGAAAUUUGGUCAGGAUGAUUGCCUUAAUGAAAUCUAGGUCGAAUUUGAAUAUGAGUCAUCUGAGGUCAAAAACUUGGUCACUUGGUCAAAUCAAAGAAAAAACUUGUGUAUGUGAUAAAAUCUAGGUCGAGUUUGAACAUGGGUCAUCUAGGGUCAAAAACUAGGUCAUAUCUAAGAAAAUGCUUGUUUUAUCGCAAGAGACCAAUUUUUUGGUCCAAUCUUAAUGAAAAUUGGUCAGAAUAUUUGUUUCCAUGAAAUCACUAGGUCAGACAUGUUUUACACUGUUAUGGUGUGUUUCUUAGGUGAGCGACCUAGGGCCAUCUUGGCCCUCUUGUAUCUUUCUUUAUUACUGCCAUGGUGAUUGUGUUUGCGUAUAUAGAUACAUUUUUGUAUGUAUAUGUUAUUAGCUCACCUGAGCCAAAGGCUCAUGUUGAGCUCUUGUGACCGCUUGAUGUCCAUCGUCCGUUAUGCAUCGUCUGUCAUGUGCUGUCCGUCAAUCAACAGUUUCUAAAAAAAACUUCUUCGUCAAAAUUACUGGACAGAUUUACACCAAACUUCACAGGAAUGGGUGGUCCCCUUUCUGAAGCUUCUGAUCACCCUAAUCAUUGGAUUCGUCAAUCAUCACCGAGAAUUCAUUUGAACAGCAAAGAUCAGUUGCUUAAUUGUUAAAAUGUGGUCCAAGAGCUUGAUUGAUUAUGUAAGGUGUCUUUGUUCUGUUGCAGGCAAAGUCUUAGCUCACUGUCCUGGAACAUCACUUUCAGCAGAUCUGACAUGGUCAGCUACUAGGAAUGGUAGAUUGUAUUCUGCAACAAAGUAAGCAAUCAGCAUCUCAACAUGUGCCACACUAUCCACCUUACACCUUGCCAACAUUCCCUUAAUACUAUGUGUGCCUCGAAUAGAGUUAAUGAAAUUUGUAUGACCAACUGUGUCUUGAUGUUUCUUUAGAUUGUUUUUCCCUCCAUGGCACACUUUAAAAUCCAUCUUACACUGAACAAAAUAUCCAUACUUUCAGCCCCUUUGACUUAAUGUACUUUGUAGCCUUGAGUUUAGGACCUUACGGAGAGCAUGGACGCUUAGGUAUUUUAAAAACAAUGAUUUUCCAGACAUUUUUCCUCUAUUUUUAUCCAGAAGUUGAAACUAAUUGCUACAACUCAAUGUUUCAUCUUCUUCACACGUUUUACACAGUUUUGCACACAGUUCUUAAAACUGACUUUCAGUGUCCAUGGAUGUGACCUACUGACCUACUUUCUUAAAUUUUUAGCAUCAGUUUGUCAUUUGAAACCUUUAACCUCAUAUUACUCAGGUGAGCGAUCCAGUGUCAUCAUGACCCUCUUGCAUUUCACUUAUUGACCAUUGUUAGUGUAUUUGAGUGUGAAGGUAUGUGUAUAUGUGACAUAACUUUUAAGCAAUGCACCUUAUGGAAAUAAAGAACUGUAGCUUUACAUAUAUUUUUUAAUGAUGUAGAUUUUGUGCUUUGCAUAUAUAUUAAUUUUUUUGAUAAAAAAAAGAUUUUGUUCUUUAUGGUGUCAUAUAAGGCAGUAUGAAAUUAUUCACUAUAAUGUUCAGAUUUUCUGUUUUGUAUCUUUUUUUUAGCUCACCUGUCACAAAGUGACAAGGUGAGCUUUUGUGAUCGCGCGGUGUCUGUCGUCCGUCCGUGCGUGCGUGCGUCCGUAAACUUUUGCUUGUGACCACUCUAGAGGUCACAUUUUUCAUGGGAUCUUUAUGAAAGUUGGUCAGAAUGUUCAUCUUGAUGAUAUCUAGGUCAAGUUCGAAACUGGGUCAUGUGCCAUCAAAAACUAGGUCAGUAGGUCUAAAAAUAGAAAAACCUUGUGACCUCUCUAGAGGCCAUAUAUUUCACAAGAUCUUCAUGAAAAUUGGUCAGAAUGUUCUCCUUGAUGAUAUCUAGGUCAAGUUUGAAACUGGGUCACGUGCCAUCAAAAACUAGGUCAGUAGGUCUAAAAAUAGAAAAACCUUGUGACCUCUCUAGAAGCCAUAUAUUUCACAAGAUCUUCAUGAAAAUUGGUCAGAACGUUCACCUUGAUGCUAUCUAGGUCAAGUUCGAAACUGGGUCACGUGCCAUCAAAAACUAGGUCAGUAGGUCAAAUAAUAGAAAAACCUUGUGACCUCUCUAAAGGCCAUAUUUUUCAUGGGUUCUGUAUGAAAGUUGGUCUGAGUGUUCAUCUUGAUGAUAUCUAGGUCAAGUUUGAAACUGGGUAACAUGCGGUCAGAAACUAGGUCAGUAGGUCUAUAAAUAGAAAAACCUUGUGACCUCUCUAGAGGCCAUAUAUUUCAAAAGAUCUUCAUGAAAAUUGGUCAGAACGUUCACCUUGAUGAUAUCUAGGUCAGGUUCGAAACUGGGUCACGUGCCAUCAAAAACUAGGUCAGUAGGUCAAAUAAUAGAAAAACUUUGUGACCUUUCUAGAGGCCAUAUUUUUCAUGGGAUCUGUAUGAAAGUUGGUCUGAAUGUUCAUCUUGAUGAUAUCUAGGUCAAGUUCGAAAGUGGGUCACGUGCCUUCAAAAACUAGGUCAGUAGGUCAAAUAAUAGAAAAACCUUGUGACCUCUCUAAAGGCCAUAUUUUUCAUAGGAUCUGUAUGAAAAUUGGUCUGAAUGUUCAUCUUGAUGAUAUCUAGGUCAAGUUCGAAACAGGGUCAUGUGCGGUCAAAAACUAGGUCAGUAUGUCUUGAAAUAGAAAAACCUUGUGACCUCUCUAGAGGCCAUACUUGUGAAUGGAUCUUCAUGAAAAUUGGUCAGAAUGUUCACCUUGAUGAUAUCUAGAUCAGGUUUGAAACUGGGUCACGUGCCUUAAAAACUAGGUCAGUAGGUCAAAUAAUAAAAAAAAGCCUUGUGACCUCUCUAGAGGCCAUACUUUUCAUGGGAUCUGUAUGAAAAUUGGUCUGAAUGUUCAUCUUGAUGAUAUCUAGGUCAAGUUUGAAACUGGGUCAACUGCGGUAAAAAACUAGGUCAGUAGGUCUAAAAUUAUUAAAAUCUUUUGUCCUCUCUAGAGGCCAUAUUUUUCAACGGAUCUUCAUGAAAAUUGAUCUGAAUGUUCACCUUGAUGAUAUCUAGGUCAGUUUCGAAACCGGGUCACAUGCGGUCAAAAACUAGGCCAGUAGGUAUAAAAAUAGAAAAACCUUGUGACCUCUCUAGAGGCCAUAUUUUUCAUGAGAUCUUCAUGAAAAUUAGUGAGAAUGUUCACCUUGAUGAUAUCUAGGUAAAGUUCAAAACAGGGUCACGUACCUUCAAAAACUAGGUCAAUAGGUCAAAUAAUAGAAAAACCUUGUUACAUCUCUAGAGACCAUAUUUUUCAAUGGAUCUUCAUGAAAAUUGGUCAGAAUUUUUAUCUUGAUAAUACUUAGGUCAAGUUCAAAACUAGGUCACUAUGUCAGAUAAUAGAAAAAACGACGUCAUACUAAAAACUGGGUCAUGUGAGAAGAGGUGAGCGAUUCAGGACCAUCAUGGUCCUCUUGUAGUAUAUUUAAAAGUAUAUUAUCAUAUGUGUAUAUAAUCUAGUUUUGGAAAGGUCUUUCGUAAAACAGAACUAAUGAUACAAUUAUAAUUACAAUAAAAUAUAGGUUACUAGAGGGAGUGGGAUAUCUUGCCCAAAAUCAGAUUUGUGAAUAAGGUUUACAGCUUAGUGCGAUGCCAUACAUGAGCCGCUACACGAGAAAACCAACAUAGUGCAUUUGCGACCAGCAUGGAUCCUAGAACAACUUGUGACGUAAUUAUCACUUUCAUUUCAUUUCAGUCUGAUGUUAUGUCCAACUCAGCCACAUCAGAACACAGGCUUAAUCAUUAUUCGCAUUUGGACUCCAUAAAUACAUCCUAUCUUCUUAUUGAAAUUUUUAACAUUACUAACUCUUUGUUCUUCCUGCACAAAAACCAUACUUGUACAUGUUGUCGAUUAUUAUGUAUUUAAGGUUUUUAAGGUGUUAGGUUUUUGCACCUAUUUUUCUUAUCACGUUGCUAUUGGUCUCCUGGGUGGAUUGAGUAGCUUGGGAGGCCUAGCACUGAAUCACUUUUACUAACCCCCACGCAUGGCCAUUAUAUUCUGUCAAGAAUGUUUGCCAUUGCUAUACAAGAAGAAGAUGAAACAAAUGGAUAAUGUCGGUCACUUUCUUGAGGUACUGCGAAGUGCUCAUGACAUGACAUAUCAUGUAUUUCACAAGACAUGCACAGGAAUAAAUUUGUUAUUCAGAAAUAUUUUCUUUCCUUUAUUUCCUUUAUUUUGUUUCUUUUGAACCCAGAAGAAGGCUGUAGCUGAAACAUUGGUGAAAAAUAAAGUGACUUGUUGAAUUUUUGAGUCGGCUAAAGGCUGAAAGCCUUUUGACGAGUCCUUGCUGUUCAGCGAUUCUCUAAAUGGACCGAAUAACACGUGAAGGGAUGUAGUUCCAUUAGAUUUCUCAAACUUCAAACAGUUCACUGCAUGAAUGAAGUUAAGUUGUGUCAAUUCCCUUUGCUAUGACCAAUAUACGAUGUAAUCUGUCAUAUUUAUGUCUUGUAAUUGUGCAAUACUCGAAUGUAACUCAUUAAGCAUAAAUGUGCAUUUUAAGAAUUGCGCAGGCUUACAAAGCUUGGGUAACAUCCAGCGAAAGACAAAAAAUAGUUCCACAGGUCUCCAGAUAAGAUGCUUAUUAGCGUAAAUUACGUAUAGAAAUAAUGCAAAUACGCAUGUCUAAUAAUUUCUAAGCGUAUAAAGACGUAUAUAAAAUUACAGAAACGCACACAAUGCUUUUUUAAAAACAAAAUCUGAAUCGUCUGGAUGCAUUAGGUAACAUAGCCGAUCAGCCUUAAUUCUCCCACAUUGAACGUAAACACGCAGCGUAUGAUUUCUAUAAACUUUGCGUGGGUUGAAUUUUGCAGUCAGUAAACGGAUAAAUUAUCGGAAGAAGAAGCUCUUACUGGUUUGUUUAGUUACUACUGAUAUUAAAAAUGAUUUUAAUUCUUAUUUUUCGAGAAAUAAACAAAUCAGCGAAACAUUAA